UCAGGUUCAGUGUGUGCGCGAAUUGGUUUCUGAUUUUGCAGAAAGUCACUCGUUCCUGCAAAACACUAAUCGGACAGCAUGAAGAGAAUCGCGUUCCUCGUCCUCGUCUUUGCCUAUGUCGCAAUUGCCCAAGAGGAAGGUAUAAAAGAAUGGGCUGAAGCCUUUGAGUCUGACGAAGAAACCAUAAAGGCGUGCCUAGACGAAUCGGGAACGACAGAGACGGAGAUGCAACUUGCAAAGAAGCAACUCGAUAAGAUACAAGAAGAUAACAUCGACGAUGAAACUAAAAAAGCUUUCCAGAAACACAAUCUUUUCCUGGCUUGCAUGAUGGAGAAAAAAGGAAUGAUGAAUGGUUCGGAAUUGGUCGUGGACAAGAUAAUGGAAAUCAUAGAAAACGACAAAGAGCCUAUUAACAAGGAAAUGAUGAGGGAAUGUUUGAACUCACUGAACGAGGAGAGAGGUAUAGAUCGGGAGGAUAGGGCGAUGGGUAUAACAAUCUGCUUAGUAGCUGCUUCUGAAAAGAAAGAAGAAAAGAAGAAGUAAAAAGAAGUGCGAUUUCGCACGCGCGACGUCGCAUGUAUCCAUUUGCAAAUCGCAAAAUCGGAGUAACAGGCAAAUUUCCGUCAUCGGGGUUUAAGAUGUCGUUCCUUUAGACACGCAAUGAACGUACAAGCAUACAGAUACAGUAAUUAAAAUGUUCGAUAACUCGUUUAAUCUGAGAACGAGUCAGGGUGCGCUACAGCUCCCACUCGCUAUAUACAAUAUACCUCGUUGUUAGUGUUUAACCGAAGUCACAAUAAAUCAUAGACUUUA